AUGAGCCGCGCAGAGUUGGACUGGCCCGCUCUCUUCGUGUAUGAGGAGGAGUGGCUGGCGGCCCCUCCGACUCAAAAGGCAAAGUUAUGGCAGAAGUGUCCCGUAGAGCCGUUCUGUGACUCUCGCCUGCGGAUUGCAGACACCAGCCUUGGGCGAGGGCUCAUCGCUGCCUCUCCGGUGGGCGAGGGUGAAGUUCUCCUCGUGUGUCAGGCGCUGGUCAUAGCGCCGCAGAAGGACCUCCAGGCGUAUGCUGUGGAGAGAUUGAGAAGUUGCCAUGAGGAGGAGUACCAAAAUUUCAUGUGCUUGCAGGGGGGAGCUCGCGAAGCGACACGCGCCUCCGUGCUGGACCAGGACUUACGAAACUGGAUAGGUCCUCUUCCCAGGCCCAGAGAGGGUCCAGGCCGCGAGGUGGAUGCAAAGAGGGUCGAGCGAGUCCUUCAUCUGAACUCCGUGACCAAAGAUGUUCUUGUUCACACUGGAGCAGCUGAUCGAAACCCUGAGUGUGGGCUUUGGCUGUUGCCUUCGCUUAUCAACCAUUCCUGCCAGCCGAAUGUGGUGGAGCAGUUUCUGGGCGACCUCCUUUUGCUCCGUGCAGCCAGAGCUCUGGCCCCCGGCGAGGAAUUGCUGAUGUCGUAUGUGUCAACUCUGCAGCCCAGACAUGUGCGCCAAAAAUGCCUCCAAGACACGUUCCAUUUCUCGUGCUCAUGUACGCGAUGUACUCUGGAGGCAGCUUUGCUGGAUGUCAGCGAGGUGCAGCCGGUCCUGGAGCAGCUUGACAUGCUUGUCAGCUCCGGGCAAACACUUCCUGAGUUCUUGAACCGUCUCGAAGAACUUGCACGACACUGCCGGCAGAUAAUUGCCGGUGCCCUUCUUUCACCUCCAGGCAAAGCUCUGGCAAAGUCUGAGGAGCGCCUGCUUACUGCGUCCUUCCUGCCAGUUUUCAUGGGUCUUGCGUUUGCGAGGAAGCGCACGGGUGCGAGUACGAAAGUGCUGGAAGCAUACUCCGCCUGCACAGCUCUGCUGGCCGAAGUGCAUCAGGGAAGCAUGUACCACUUGCAUUGGACAUUGGAGACAGCGUUGCAGGCCCAGCCUCAAGCCGACCAAGACGAGUCUGCCGAGUCUGCCGAGUCUGCCAACGAGCGCAAGAAGCUGAGUCUUGACGCUCUGCAGUGCUGCUACAAGUUUGCCGCGCCUGACCGCUCGGUUUGCGAGGCGUUGGCAGCUAAAGCUGGUUGGCCAAAGGAAUUGGUGGAGACUGCAUCACCCUCACUUGACUUGCUUCGGGAGGCAAGUCUCGGCAGCUGCACAGGAUGGAAGUACUCUGUGGAGAGGGAGCAGAAGUUCAUUUGCGUGGCCAUCAUGCUGCCCGAAGGUCUUGGACCGACUGACGCCACUCUUGAUCUCGCACCCGAGGAAGUCCGAGUGGUUGCAGCCGGACAUCCACACCUCGUCAUCCCUCUUCCGGCACGAGUCAACACAGACGACGCUGCGCCUGCCAAGUACAAGAGGAGUGAGCGGAAGUUCUUGCUUCAGCUGCCAACGUCAUGA